UAUGGCACAGUCAUCAACAACUCAGCCAGUGUGCAUAUGUUCUACUCCCUUAUCCACAACAAUUACCUCAGCUUUGACUAGUACAACUCAAUCUACAAGCACUACAACUAGUGUCACCACAACUACUGCAUCUACAACAACUCAACCUACCAGCACCACUACUACCACCCCGACAACUGUAAGCAGUACAUCAUCCACUGCCUCCUCAUCCACAACUACUGCAGUACCAACUACUACAACUCAACCUAAAAGCACUACUACUGCUGUCCCCACAACUGCAAGCACAACAACAUCUACUGCUUCAUCAUCCACAACAACAUCACCAACCAGCAGUUCAACUACAAUGUGCAUAUGUUCUACACCCUCUUCCACAACUAUUACCACAGCUUUAACUACUACAACUCAGCCUACAAGCACUACUACUACUACUGUCCCCACAUCUGCAACAACGGCAACUACUGCAGCCUCAACUACAACCAGUCUUACAUCAACCAGUACCACAACACCAACAACUACUAGCAGCACUACAACCACAACAACAAUUUCCCCAUGUGCACAAGCAACUGUAACUAUUCAGUUGGUCCAAGUCUCUAGCGACCAAAUCCAGGUCAUGCCUAUUGGUCAAAAUGGACCCUCAGGAGCUCAGUUCAAUGUGACACUGUCACAGAACAAUUCAGUUGUAGCCAUGAAAACAACUUCUGGUCCAACAGUCACAUUUUCCGGUCUGUCCCCUGCUAGUCAGUACAACAUCACCGUAAAGCAACUGUCCUGUCCGAACAGAGCAGAUACUACAAGCAGUGUUACUACAGCUGGAAGAUUAUUUUCUGCAGAAGCCCGGAUAGUAAAUACUGUAUAUACUGCCGACCUCGGUAACCCAAGCAGCGCAGCAUACCAAACCUUUGCAGCCAGCUUCAUAGCAGAUAUAAAGAAUAAUGUUCCGGCUAGCACCAAGGCCUUGUUGAACAAUGGCAGAAUGCUCAUUAGCAUAACGGCAAUUAGGAAUGGAAGCGUCAUCGUCGACUUUAACAUAGCCACAAACACGGCUGAUAAUCUGACAGUGAGCAACGUGCAACAGGCAUUCACCAGCGCGCUCACCAACAGCACCACUUAUACCGUGGACCCGACGUCCUACAAGUUUGCAGUGCAAAACGUGUGUGCUACAGUAAAUCCAUGUUCUGUAUAUGCCUCCUGUAUUUCCAUCAAUGGAACUGCCAGCUGCCAGUGCCUGUCUGGGUUUAAUGACACCAGUCCGAGUGUUCCAGGAACAACCUGCGUAGAUAUAAAUGAGUGUGCCGCCAGUACCAACCCUUGCUCAUCCCUAGCCAACUGCACCAACACCAUAGGGAGUUAUCAGUGCCAGUGCUACCCCGGGAUACAAGAUGGAAACUCUUCUAACCCCGGCCAACAAUGUAUCGACCCAGCCGUAUGCUUUAACAGCGCCACAUUCUGCUCCCAGAAUACCACCUGCCUCGACUCCAAAGCCGCCAUAUGUGCAAAUAAAUUAGCAGUUCCUUCCGCCAUCAAGUUCAACAGUUGGACCUUCACUACAGACCUGUACAACCGAUCCAGCGCCGCCUACGCCAACCUAUCAGCACAGUUCACAGGGGGGGUGGUAAGUGCAAUGAGAGUGCAGCUGAGUGACAGCACCUUCAAUAUCACCGUGGUUGGCUUCAGGCCGGGAAGUGUCAUCGCCUACUUUAUGUCCACGACGCAAUCAUCCACCCUUAAUGCCAGCGUGAUCCAGGCCGCUCUCACCAAUGUAACAAAGGCCCUGAUAUCCAGUAACAUUACAAACCUGUUGCAAAAUCCUUGUGAUCCUUCAGUAAAUCCAUGUUCUGUAUAUGCCUCCUGUACUUCCAUCAAUGGAACUGCCAGCUGCCAGUGCCUGUCUGGGUUUAAUGACACCAAUCCGAGUGCUCCAGGAACAAACUGCACAGAUAUAAAUGAGUGUGCCGCCAGUACCAGCCCUUGCUCAUCCCUAGCCAACUGCACCAACACCAUAGGGAGUUAUCAGUGCCAGUGCUACCCCGGGAUACAAGAUGGAAACCCUUCUAACCCCGGCCAACAAUGUAUCGACCCAACCGCCUGCUUUAACAGCGCCACAUUGUGCUCCAGCACUAACACCUGCCUCAGCAACACCGGCACCAUAUGUGCAAAUAAAAAAGUCAUUCCUUUCGGGAUCAAGUUCAACGGUUGGACCUUUACCUCAGACCUGUACAACCAAUCCAGCGCCGCCUACGCCAGCACAGCGGCACAGUUCACAGGGAGUGUGGUAAGUGGGAUGAGAGUGACGCUAAGUGACAGCACCUUCAAUAUCACCGUGGUUGGCUUCAGGCCGGGAAGUGUCAUCGCCUACUUUAUCGGCACAACUCAAUCAUCCACCCUUGAUACAAGCACGAUCCAGGCCGCUCUCAUGAAUGUAGUGCCACUCUUGGUAUCCAGUAACAUCACAAACAUGAUAACGUAUGCAAGUACCACCACAACGAAUCCAGACUUAUGCUACGGCUGGAGAACAGCCACCAUUGUCCUUGGCGUGUUUUUGGGAGUCGCUGUGAUCUUGGCUGCAGUGUUUGCUGCUUUGUGUUAUAAUAUGGGGAGCAGAUUAGGCCACUACAAGCCCAGUGCCAGGAGAGGCGAUUUGGGCAAAACCAAUACCUAUCAUUAAAUUAUAAGGGAUUUUCCUCGUACUCCUGUCUAUGCCACAUAUGUAAUAAAAGGCACUAAGUUUGCCCAGGAGCAGUAACCCAUAGCAACCAAUUAGAUGUUUACUUUUAAA